AACUCGAGAGGAAAGCGGAUGAUGCUUCGUUGAGAAAUAGUCUGCCAGGUGGCUCAUCUGCAAUGCCACAGAGAACUCGGAUACAAUCCUUUGAGGAGAUCCUGGCUGCCGUUCGCUCCGGGGCCAUGCCCUCCGUGAUGCCCGCGCGCGCCGGCUCCGCGCUGCAGCCGCCACACCGCGGAGGCUUCACCCUUCCGGCGCGUUCUUUGUACGAUUCCGGAUACAGAGGCCAGAGCUUUGGCCCUUCUGGAGAAGCUUGUCCUCAAGCCCGACCCGAGAUGUUGGAGCGGGCAAGAGAGGAAGCACGGAUAGCGGAAGAACAAGGUAAGUUGGCACAAAAAGGGCCAGCGAGUGGCCCUCCAGGACCUCCAACUGGAAUAGUGGUCAUCGAACAAAAAUUCGUGGACUUCUUGCUGGGUCCUGGAGGUCAGUCCUUGGCGGCCAUCAACCAUGCUGCUGGGGUCAAUGUCAUCUUGGAUCAAACCCACAAGUUCUCCGGCUACAGCCACGCCAAGAUCUAUGGUUCUGAGGAGAAGGUGAAAGAUGCCAAGUUGGCCAUCGACUUCAAGUUGUCCCAGUGGCUUCCACUGCAAGACCGUCGGAGAGGUCUGGCUGCUGUAACCGCGGCGGCGCCGGCGCCGCUGAGCAGCGAGUCGGGCCUAUGGGCGAGACAGUCUGCACGAGGAAAGUCACCGGUGAAGGAAAUCGAGGAUUCGUCGGCCGUCAAAGUUACGGGCGGCCUGUUGUGAGCGGACAUGGCAACAAAUCAGCAUUGAAAUAAG